AUGGAAGAUAGAACCAGUAAAUUCUUAAUCAGACAUAAGUAUACAUACCUGUACUGUAGAACCAGUAAAUUCUUAAUCAGACAUAAGUAUACAUACCUGUACUGUAGAACCAGUAAAUUCUUAAUCAGACAUAAGUAUACAUACCUGUACUGUAGAACCAGACAUAAGUAUACAUACCUGUACUGUAGAACCAGUAAAUUCUUAAUCAGACAUAAGUAUACAUACCUGUACUGUAGAACCAGUAAAUUCUUAAUCAGACAUAAGUAUACAUACCUGUACUGUAGAACCAGUAAAUUCUUAAUCAGACAUAAGUAUACAUACCUGUACUAUAGAACCAGACAUAAGUAUACAUACCUGUACUGUAGAACCAGUAAAUUCUUAAUCAGACAUAAGUAUACAUACCUGUACUGUAGAACCAGUAAAUUCUUAAUCAGACAUAAGUAUACAUACCUGUACUAUAGAACCAGACAUAAGUAUACAUACCUGUACUGUAGAACCAGUAAAUUCUUAAUCAGACAUAACUAUACAUACCUGUACUGUAGAACCAGUAAAUUCAUAAUCAGACAUAAGUAUACAUACCUGUACUGUAGAACCAGUAAAUUCUUAAUCAGACAUAAGUAUACAUACCUGUACUAUAGAACCAGACAUAAGUAUACAUACCUGUACUGUAGAACCAGUAAAUUCUUAAUCAGACAUAAGUAUACAUACCUGUACUGUAGAACCAGUAAAUUCUUAAUCAGACAUAAGUAUACAUACCUGUUCUAUAGAACCAGACAUAAGUAUACAUACCUGUACUAUAGAACCAGUAAAUUCUUAAUCAGACAUAAGUAUACAUACCUGUACUAUAGAACCAGACAUAAGUAUACAUACCCGUACUAUAGAACCAGACAUAAGUAUACAUACCUGUACUAUAGAACCAGUAGAUUCUUAAUCAGACAUAAGUAUACAUACCUGUACUGUAGAACCAGUAAAUUCUUAAUCAGACAUAAGUAUACAUACCUGUACUAUAGAACCAGACAUAAGUAUACAUACCUGUACUAUAGAACCAGUAAAUUCUUAAUCAGACAUAAGUAUACAUACCUGUACUAUAGAACCAGACAUAAGUAUACAUACCUGUUCUAUAGAACCAGUAGAUUCUUAAUCAGACAUAAGUAUACAUACCUGUACUACCAGUAA